AUGUUUACUGGUAAAGCAGUACUUUUAGCAAAUCCAAAUUUUGCAAAGCUUUAUAAAAAAUUAACCACACAAUAUUUGACAUCUAAUGGAGCAACGAAGGAAGUUGCAAAAAAGUUUAAUGAUGAAAGCUUUCUCAGUGAAAAAUCGGAGUAUUUAGAAGCAUUGAUUAUAUAUAAUGGAAUAAAACAAAUGACUUUGGAAUCAAGACAAUAUUUAAAUUUUCAACCAAAUGAUCCUGAAUUAAAAAAAUUUAUAAACAAAAAUAAGAAUAAUAUUAGAAGUGAAGGAGGAAGGAAAGAAGAUAUAGUAACAAUUUUUGGAUUAAAAGAUGAUGAUUUAUAUAAAUUGGUUAAAGAAAUAAAUUCAAAGUCAAUAAUUCCAAAUGCAAAACAAUUGGAAAAAUUAUUGAGUCAACAAAUUGAUGAUUUAAAGUCUUCAAAGAUAAAUUUAACCAGAAAUAAAACUUUAUUGAAUGAAAACUUGAUGGAAUAUUUUAAAAUUCUAAAGAAUAAUUUAGCUAAUCUUUGGAUUUUAAAUGAAGAAUUCAAAUGUCAUCAUGAAAUGAAAAAAAACACUAUUUUCAUUAAUUAUUUUUCUGGUUUAAUAGAAUCAAUUGAAUUAAAAGCAAGAGUUCACUUAUAUGAAACUUUAAGAGAGGUUUAUGACGAUGACACUGUUAAAAUGCUUAGAACAAUAAGGUAUUUAAGAGAAAUUUUUUAUAAAAAGGGUCAUAAUAAAUGA